AAAUUUUUCCACAAUUCCUCGUUCUUCUCUUUUCCUUUUUCUUCUACGUUCUCGGAUUCUCUUUGCCAAACCCUAAAAUUCCCACACAAGAAUUUGUUCUUAAAAUAAGCAUCAUUUUAGUUUAUAUUUCAGAAGUCAUUACCGAAAGAACCGAUUAAUCGAUCUUUAACUUGUCCAGGGUUUCUUCAUGGCAGAAGCUUCGCGGAGUCGUGUUACUAUUACUCUCGGUCGUACUGGCCAGGUGGUGAAGAGGGCUGGACCUGAAUCCAGUGGUGAUUUUUCUGAUUCUCAUCCUGUUUCUGGAAGUAAACGGUCUGUAAGAGAUAGGUUGGGAAGUAACGUAGAUGGUUCUUUAUUGCACGGAAGUCAGCUGAACAACAAACGACAAAGAGGUGAUGGUUAUACUACAAGCUUGAAUACCAAUGGCUUGAAUGCUGUUCACAUUGGUAAAAAUGACCUCCGAUUUAAACUCAUGCAAAAAAAUGUGUUUAGACGGGCUCAGAGUGAUGUAAACCAGAAGGAUAUGGACCUUUGUGCAAAGUUGUCAAGAACGGGACAGCCUUAUGAGACACAUCAAAUGCCUGAUUCUAAGGAGCGAAUACCUCAACCGAGGGAGAGAGUGCCAGAGUCUAGGGAAAUUAGUAUCCCUGGCAGAAUUCCUUCCACAAGAAGUGUAGAUGAUUUGCCUCGUGUUACCACUUCAAGAAGUUCUUUUUCUCCUUGGACUUUAGAUCAUUUAAGACAAUGUUCUCCAGAGAGAGUAAGGGGUACUUCUAGGGGUUUAUCUCCCCCAAGAAAUGUUGGAGAGAUUCAGAGAAGGCAAGUAAACAAGACAUAUGAUGAUGCCAGAGCAGUUUCAUACAUGGGAAAAGAUAUUUUUGAUGCUCCAGGGCCUGUGAGUGCAACAUCUUUUGUUACAAAGUCUAGAUUGCCAACCACUUCAACAAAGCUCAUACCCCUAGGCCCCCAAAUUCCAUGUCCAGCUCCUCCUGCAAGUAGUAUUGUACAAAAGCCUUCCUUUGCGGGUGUUGAGCAAUAUACUGUUGAAGGCUUGCUGCAUUCACUGGGGCUGGGAAAGUAUGCAAUUACUUUCAAGGCAGAAGAAGUGGACAUGACUGCACUAAAGCAGAUGGGGGAAAAUGACCUUAAAGAGCUAGGAAUACCUAUGGGCCCUAGGAAAAAGAUUCUUCUUGCUCUCUUGCCCCGUCACAAAAGGCAGCCAUGAUUCUCCCUUCAGAUUCCGAGGAUAUCCCUCUUUCCCAGUUAAAGAAGGCACUCUUUUCUUUCAUGUAUUUAAGGCUGAUCAAAAUAUUUGUAGUCGUGGCAACACAUUUUUAAGAUGCCUAGAAAGUAUUCAUUU